GAGAGACCGACAGACGCCUUGCGAUUUAGUAUAAAACUAUCAUGAUGGCCGUUACGUUAUUAUGACAAGAGAUACGUCAAAUGUGUUCCUGAUUUCGUUGGUCCUUCAUGUAUACACAAACAAUAAAAAUGCCGGUCCAGAAAGAUAUAAAUAUCGUAAAAAUCGCUGUUCAGAUGACGGAACAAGUACCACAACUUAUUGAAUUUAAUCAAAAACAUCCACUUACUGCUAUUAUUCAGGAAUUGUGUAAUGGGUGGGGUCUUUCUGAUCCUGAAUCAUAUUCAUUACAAUUUUCGGAGAGUAACAAUCAGAAUUAUAUCACAGAAAAAAAUCGUAAUGAAGUAAAAAAUGGUAGUAUUUUGAGAUUAGAAUUUUCCCCCUCUAAAACAGCCUGUGAUAUUCUAACCAAGCUCAAUAAUGGGACUAUGGAAGAAAAAACUACUGCUUUGCAAAAAUUGAGCACUCUUAGCACAGAUAUGACAUUUGCAUUAGAAUUUAUUAACAAACAAGGAUUAGCUUUAAUUAUAUCACAGGUGGAAGGCGAAAAGUAUAAGGGAAAUGCACUUGCAUAUUCACUUCAAUCAUUUGUGGAGCUAAUGGAUCAUGGAAUUGUUUCAUGGGAUAUACUAGAGACACCUUUUAUUAAUAAAGUAGCAAGCUAUGUGAACAAUCAAGCUGUAAUUCAAGAUACUAGUAUUAUUGAAGCUUCACUUAGCAUUCUUGAAAAUAUAGUAUUGAAUUCAUCAGGAAAAUAUGGACAAGUUGAAAAAGAAGUUACAUUUCCUAAUCUAGUGAUGCAUUUACAAAGUGCUCGUCCACAAAUACAACAAAAUGCAAUAGCUCUAAUAAAUGCCUUAUUUCUUAAGGCUGAUUUAUCUAAACGUCGAGCUGUUGCUGCAACUCUUCAAUCUAAACAAGUUAGAAAUGUAUUUUUGACGAAUAUCAUACAAUCUACUGGUCAGGUUGGUGCAGAAAUGGCACACCAAUUAUAUGUACUUCAAACACUUAUGUUAAGUUUGUGGGAACAGCGUAUGAUGACAAAAAUGGAUCCACAAGAUCAAGAUGCACAUGAUAAGAUUAAAGAACUUCGAAGAAUUGCUUUUGAUACUGAAGGAGCUGUAGGUGGAGAUAUUACUGCUAGAAAACAGGGUCUUUUUGCUAAGGACUAUAAAAAAUUGGGUUUCAAAUAUGAUAUUAAUCCUGCUCUUGAUUUUACUGAAACUCCACCCGGCAUGCUUGCUUUAGACUGUAUGGUUUAUUUUGCACGUAAUCAUACUGAAGCUUAUACUAAAGUUGUUUUAGAAAACUCUUGCAGGGCAGAUGAACAUGAAUGUCCUUUUGGUAGAACAAGCGUGGAGCUUGUCAAAUUACUUUGUGAAGUUUUACGUAUUGGAGAAGCACCUAGUGAACAGGGACAAUCAUAUCAUCCUAUGUUUUUUACACAUGAUCAUCCAUUUGAAGAGUUCUAUUGUGUAUGCAUAGUCCUUUUAAAUAAGACUUGGAAAGAAAUGAGAGCCACCACUGAAGACUUUGUAAAAGUAUUUUCUGUUGUCAGAGAACAAAUUACUAGAGCACUUCAAUGUAAACCUACAGCAUUGGAUAAAUUCAAAAAUAAAUUACAACAAUUAACAUAUUCAACAAUUACUAAUUUAUGGCAACAAGAAAGAACUAGCAGGGAAGAGUGGGAAAGUCAUGCAAGACCCAUAGUUGAGCUCAGAGAACAAAUUACACCUGAAAUCUUAGAACUUAUUCAACAACAACGUUUAGGAUUCUUAGUAGAAGGCACCAGAUUUAUGAAAUAUAGUGCUAGAGGACAGAGAAUCAAAGAUAAGUUCUGGUACGUUCGACUUUCACCAAAUCACAAAGUAUUCCAUUAUGGUGACUGUGAUGAAAAAUCAGUACCAACAAUAGAUGAACUUCCUACAAAAUUAGCUGUUGUUGAAAUUCGUGCUUUACUGACUGGUAGAGAUUGUCCCCAUAUGAAGGAUUUGCAGCGACGGAAAACUACGCAUCAGUUGGCUUUUUCUUUAAUUUUAGAUUCUGUAGAAGUCUCAAGCCUAGAUUUCGUUGCUCCUGAUGAACAAGUUUUUGAUUAUUGGACAGAUGGCAUUAACGCUUUACUUGGUAGUAGAAUGACCAGUAAAGAGGCGGAAAAUGACUUGGAGACAUUAUUAUCCAUGGACAUUAAACUAAGACUUUUAGAUACGGAAGGAAUUGAUAUUCCCCAAGAUCCGCCUGCUAUUCCCGAUCCUCCAUCAAAUUAUGAUUUUUGUUAUGAAUUGAAAUAAGAAUUUCGUCUUAUAUAUGUUCAGUAAUUGUUAUAAUAAUUUAAUAUAAAAUAUAUUGAUAAGGUAAUGCUUAAAUAUUUAUAUAUCAAAGAGAAAACUAAUUAUAAGCUAUAACAAGCCAUAAUAAGCUA